AAAUAAUGCGUAUGCAUUACAAAUUUACAAUAUUCUAGAUAGAGAAUCCAGGCGACAGAACACAGCAGACUCUGACAUUUUCUUCUAUGAGAGAGAAAUUUGAAAGAGUUUUCUAGAGAGAUUUGAAGAUCGAGUCUAUUGGGUGUCUUGUUUUGUGGAAGUAGUCCUGGGUUUCACUUUACGCAGAGAGUGGUUUGACGAUCAAGCUAUAUUGGGUUGCUUUCUGGAGAAAAAGGGCGAAGCUUCUUGUUUCUGAGUCUUAAAGAAACAGCAGAGAGUGCUAUUGUUAUUUUUGUGGCUGUUACAUUGCUUUGAAUGAUUGUAAAGGAGAAAGCAAUUUGAGUUCUCUCCAGCUCUAAUCAUCUAUUUGAUCUACACCCAUAUUGAAAUCAUGGUUGAGGAUGGUGGAAAAGAUGUUUUGGCAGAUACCCAGUCAGCCGAGGAGUGGCUGUCACGUGCCCAAGAGCUUGUUCCUCUUGCCCUUGAGAAGGCAAGGCAAGUCAAGGGGUUUCCUGGGAGGUGGAAGAUGAUAAUUUCAAAAUUGGAGCAGAUCCCUUCGCGAUUAUCUGAUUUGUCAAGCCAUCCUUGCUUCUCAAAGAAUGCUCUGUGUAAGGAGCAAUUGCAGGCAGUUUCGCAGACCUUGAAUGAAGCGAUUAAAUUGGCAGAAUUGUGUGUUAAAGAGAAGUAUGAAGGGAAGCUUCGGAUGCAGAGUGAUCUUGAUGCCUUGUCAGGGAAAUUGGAUUUGAAUUUGAGGGACUGUGGGCUUUUAAUCAAGACUGGAGUGCUUGGGGAGGUGACCUUUUCUUCUGGGGUGGCCAGUUCUUCAGCAGAACCUGAGGCUGCUGCCACACAUGGCAAUAUAAGGGAAUUGCUUGCCCGGCUUCAGAUUGGACACCUAGAAGCUAAACACAGAGCUCUUGACAGCCUUGUUGAAGUCAUGAAAGAGGAUGAGAAGAAUGUUUUGUCUGUUAUGGGAAGAAGCAAUAUUGCUUCUUUAGUCCAGUUGCUCACUGCAACUUCUCCUCGAAUCCGGGAAAAGACUGUCACGUUAAUCUGUUCACUUGCAGAGUCUGGGAGUUGUGAGAAUUGGCUUGUUUCAGAAGGUGUUCUUCCGCCUCUGAUAAGGCUUGUUGAAUCAGGGAGCGCAGUGGGUAAAGAGAAGGCUACAAUUUCACUCCAGAGAUUGUCAAUGUCAGCAGAAACAGCCCGCUCAAUUGUUGGACAUGGUGGUGUACGGCCACUGAUUGAGAUCUGUAGAACUGGUGAUUCUGUUUCACAAGCUGCAGCUGCAUGUACUUUGAAAAAUAUAUCUGCUGUUCCAGAAGUGCGGCAAACCCUAGCUGAAGAAGGGAUUGUAAAGGUUACGAUCGAUCUCCUUGAUUGUGGAAUACUAUUGGGAUCUAAAGAGUAUGCAGCUGAAUGCCUGCAAAAUCUAACUUCCAGUAAUGACAAUCUACGAAGGGCUGUUAUUUCUGAAGGCGGAAUCCGAAGUCUAUUGACUUAUCUUGAUGGUCCUUUGCCUCAAGAAUCUUCUGUGGCGGCAUUGAGGAAUUUGGUUGGCUUGAUUUCAGCGGAAGUUUUGGUUUCGUAUGGUCUCCUUCCUCGUUUAGUUCAUGUUCUUAGAUCCGGAUCAUUGGGUGCUCAACAAGCGGCUGCGUCAGCAAUUUGUCGAGUUUGCAGUUCAAUAGAAAUGAAAAAAUUGAUUGGUGAAGCUGGAUGUAUUCCUCUGCUUGUCAAGAUGCUUGAGGCCAAAACAAACAGUGCUCGAGAAGUUGCUGCCCAAGCAAUUUCAAGUUUAGUGGUCCUCUCACAUAAUUGCAGAGAAGUUAAAAAGGAUGAUAAAAGUGUGCCAAAUCUGGUCCAGUUGCUUGACCCGAGUCCUCAGAACACUGCAAAGAAAUAUGCUGUUUCCUGCCUCGUAUCACUAUCCCCUAGCAAGAGAUGUAAGAGGUUGAUGAUCUCAUAUGGAGCAAUUGGGUAUCUCAAGAAGUUAUCCGAGAUGGAAAUCCCUGGUGCCAAGAAGCUACUCGAGCGAUUGGAAAAGGGAAAAUUGAGACGUUUGUUCAGCAGGAAAUAGAAGUAACGAGGGUGUACUAGUAUAAUGAAAGUAUAUUUCCUAUUAUGUUGUCCAUGUUUCAUUGUCUGUAUGAAACAAGUAACCAAUGUAUGGACUGAAAUGCGCAAUCUUGCUAAUCUAUGCAAUCAAUAUUUGUCAUUUAUAAAUA